AUGGCUGCAGAGCAGAACCCCCCUUACAGGGUGCAGGCCAAAGUCAUCACGUCGUCAGAGGAGGAGGCCGUCGCCGUGCUCUCCUCGCUGUACGACGCCGACAAACACCUGAGGGUCCUCCACUCGCCCGCCUCCGACUACCACAUCAUGGAGUUCCUGGGGGAAGGCACCUUCGGCGACGUGGUCAAAUGCUUGAAGACGGCCACUCGGGAGGAAGUGGCUGUCAAGAUCUUCAAGCAAAUGGUCGCUCGGGACUUGUUUAAGAAAGAGGCCCGGGUGUUGAAAACCUUAAUGGAUUUCGACACGGACAAAGUCAACCUGAUCCAGUGCAAGAGCAUCUUUGUGGACAGAGUCUACAUGUGUCUCGAGUUUGAGAUGUUGGACAUCAACUUGUUGGACUUCAUGAACAGCAGACCCACCAAGUGCCUUCUGGUCAAGGAGAUCCGACCCAUUCUGCAUCAGCUGGCCGUGGGCCUGCAUUUUCUGAACAGUAUUGGACUUAUCCACGCAGACCUGAAGCCCAACAACAUCAUGUUGGUGGAGCACAUCAGCCGGCCGUACAAAAUUAAAAUCAUCGACUUUGGCUUGGCCCAGCACGUCUCGGAGAUCAUCCAGGAUACUCGAUAA